ACUUCGGUCUAUAUGUUGGGAGCUUGUGUGGUUGUGUGGUUGUGUGGAUACUUUAAUGUAUUUUUUUUCUUUUAAAGGAUGGUAUAGAUCUGUCUAAAUUGCCUUCAAUAAAAAACCAACACAUAUAUUGAGAAAAACAUUAAUUCCUGUAAAAACCGAACGCACGGUCAAGUUCCAGAAUCUCUUCUUCCAGCCUAUUAACAACUGAAGUAUUUUGGCCAAGAAUUUUUCAAAAAGUCUGAGAAAAAAUAACCGCCCUAAUGAGCAAACCACUUGUCGUCGUGUUUGGUGCCACAGGCAAGCAGGGUGGCUCAGUGGCUAGAGCACUAGCUAGGAGUGGUGAGUUCAGUGUCCGUGGAGUCACGCGAGACGAGAGCGGUGCGAGAGUUCAGGAGCUGCGGGAAGCUGGGGUUGAACUUGUCACCUUUGACCCCACAGAAAGUAAGGGACUGGAGAGGAUAUUAAACAACGCCUUCGCAUGUUUUGUCAACACGUACACAGAUUUUGAUGACGUCAAUUGUCUGGAUACAGAAAUCGCACAUGGUUGUCUGAUAGCAGACUACUGUAAAUCGGCCAACGUACAGCACGUCAUCUUCAGCUCACAGCUCCACUCCAACAAAAUCUGUUCCCUCAUGGCCCGCCAUCUUGUGGCCAAAGCGGAAGUGGAGCAGUACAUGCGUGACAUUGACCUGCCCUUGACCUGCCUCAUCAUGCCCGUGUACUACGAGGACAUCCUGGAUAUUUUUAAACCACAGACGGCAGACGGCAAGACGUAUGAUAUCCAGAUCCCCAUGGGGACGACGCCCCUGGACAUGAUGAGCGUGGAGGACGUCGGCCCCAUCGUGUUGACAGUGCUGCGGCACCGGAACCAGUACCUGUCCAAGACGGUCAGCGUGUGCGGCGACAAGAUCACCGUCCGCGAGAUGGCGCAGGUGCUGGGCAAGUACCUGAAGCCCAGACUCUUUAAAGACAAGCAGAUAACGGCCUACGAUUUUCAAACCAAAAGGUCAGGUGACCUAAAGGGCAGCGCUGAUUGGGCAAACAUGUUCCAGUUUUUCCAGCGGGUCGACCAGAAGUACAACCUCUCCGUGACGAAACAGAUGAGCCCCGAGGUUCGAACGUUCGACACUUGGGUGCAACAAAACCAGGCCAGGAUCAACACGUGUCUGUAGGCAGUGCUCACCCUCAAGAGCUUUUGUAUAUUUAUUUGUUAAUUAAUUAAUUAAAUGUGUUUUACUAUGUGAAUGGUUUACUAUUGAAAUAAAGUUUGUA